UGGCAGGAGAAAUGGCUGCUGAUCAUCGACGAGGUCAGCAUGCUUGGCGCGCGGACCCUGUACGUUGUGAAUGAACAGCUGCGCAAGCUUCGAGGGCGCGCGCAGGACUUCGGCGGCAUCCCCAUCGUCCUCUUCUGCGGAGAUUUCCACCAAUUCCGCCCUGUGCAGGAGAGGUCGAUCCUCCUCCCGAGCACGGCCAUUUUGUGGGAUGAAGAAAAAUCGUUCAAGGCGGAGCAAAGGUACCAGCACGAUAGGGCGCACGCCCUGUGGAACAAGUUCACCACGGUCGUCAUGCUGGAUGAGCAGGUCCGCGCCGCCAGCGAUCCACAGCUGCGGAGACUGCUAACGCGGGUGCGCCAUGGGGUGCAGGACCGGUCGGACAUGGACAUGCUGAAUCGCACCUGCUACGGGGAGAACAGACGGAUCCCGUGGGAGUCGGGGCUCACCGUGGUGACGCCGCUGAACAGGAACCGCUGGAACCUAAACGUCGAGGCAUCACUGUGUUUCCAGAAGGCGCAGCAAUCCCGGCUGCGUAUCUUCGUAUCCGAGCACAGAUGGAAAGACGGCGAGCCGACGGAGGAGGAAGCCGUCAUGAUGCUGAGCCAAGGUGACGACAGCGCCGUCCCGGUGCCUGCCAUUUUCAUGUUCGUUCCGGGUAUGCCCGUCGUCGUAAACAAGAAUACGCACCAAGGCCUGAAGCUGGUCAACGGGGCCAGCUAUACGGCCUUGGACGUCAUCGUCGACAAGGCAUACCCGGGCCAUCGGGUCAACGAGGAGACCCUACUGCAUUUCGGCCCGCCGGCGGGCCUCGUGCUGGCGUCGGGGACGACAACAGACUUCCACUUCGUAGGAAUGCCGGCCGGCACCAUCCUCCUAACGCCGGUCAGUACCAUGAUAGAAUGCCAGAAGAAGCGCCCCCGGCGGGGAUUGCCAUGCGCAGCGGCUUUUGCCUGCACGGAUUACAAGGUGCAAAGCAAGACAUUGGACCGGGUGGCCCUCGAACUCCGGGGCACGAGGACGACGAACAUCGACGGCGAGGCUGUUCCAGCGCAGUGCGAUCCUUAUAGCUUGUACGUGCAACUAUCGCGGUGCAGAACCAUAGAGGGCAUCACGCUUCUGUCCAAGGUGCGGGAGAGAGAUUUCGUGGGCAACAGGGUGCCAGAGAGCAUGGUUGCGGCAGAGGAAAGGCUGGAAAAGCUGAGCAACAAGACGAUUAGGGAUGCGGAGUGCUGGGACUGGUCCGAACAGAACUAA